AUGGCAUCGUUAUGUCAUAAUGCCUUUUCAUUUUCACCAACUAAACUUUUUCCUAUCAUGUUGAAGCCAUCUUUCAGAUGCUCCUCCAUUACUACUAAUUCCACAUCUUCCUACAAUUCCAUUGUUUUUGAGACUGUUAGACUAUUGGGUCCUCCAACAAAAUUUGAAGCUUCAAAACUGAAGGUUGUUCUAUUGGAAGAUCAGAUAAACAGAUAUGCAAGUAUUAUUCCAAGAACCUACAUUCUAUCUCAUUGUGACUUAACAGCUAAUCUCACUUUAGCUGUUUCCAAUGUCAUCAGACUCGAGCAGUUGAGAGGGUGGUACCAGAAGGAUGAUGUUGUAGCUGAAUGGAAAAAAGUGAAGAAUGAAAUGUGCCUACAUGUUCAUUGCUUUGUUAGUGGUCCUAAUUCCUUCCUAGAUCUCGCUGCUGAAUUUAGAUAUCACAUAUUCUCCAAGGAAAUGCCUUUGGUUCUCAAAGCAAUUCAAUGUGGAGAUUCUGUACUUUUCCAUGAGCAUCCUGAAUUGCUGGAUUCUAUUGUUCGGGUAUAUUUCCAUUCUAGCUCAAAAAUAUACAACAGAAUGGAAUGUUGGGGGCCUUUAAGGGAUGCAAUGGAGGGAAAACGAGGCGAUCAGUUACAAGGGUUGAUAAACAGAGAUCGUCCUCCCGAAGAAUGGAGAAGCCCAAUGUCCACAUUCCAAGCUCUUUUUGCUUUUCUUCUUUCAAAUGUAUUACUGGUAACUUGGUUGAUUUGUUUAUAUCCCGAUUCUUUCCUCAGCUAG